UCACGUGAUACGCAUAACUGCAUAAAUUAAGAUGGCGACUGGCUGAAUGGAAAACCUGCCCUUGUGAGACUUUCUUCCAAAAUUUCGUCCUUAUGAAGAAGAGAAAUCGGCCUCAAACACAAAAUGUCGGAAAUUAAUACAAGUGACCUAACUCCCGAUGAACUUCGGAGAGAAAUUGAACGUCUGCAAGUCGAGUUACAGGAGACAACUCAGGAGAAAGUGCAGGCUGCAGAAUAUGGUUUGGCCGUUCUAGAGGAAAAAGAACGCCUGCGUCUGCAGAUAGAAGAGAUAGAAGGUCAUUAUGAAACCGUGAAACACGAGCUCGAUUGUGCCAAAGAGGCCUUAAGUAAACACCAGGACACUUUUCGGAAGCAGCAGAAGUCCGGGAUCCACCAUGAGGACUCGGUCCUACAGGAAGCUGCCACACGGGAAGAAAGUUACAAGUCCACCCUCAUCGAGUACGAGACAGAACUCAAGACCUGCAAGCAGGCACUCGAGCGCUUCUCAUCUGAAAACGAGCGCCUGAACUCAGCACUGCUCGAGUGUCAGCAGCACAAUGACAGCCUGGAGGAGCAGAGGCGGCAGAUCAAGAACGAGAUUCGCGAGUACAAGAUCCGAGAGAACAGGAAUCUCGUGGACUACGCGGAGCUCGAGGAUGAAAACAUCAACCUCCAGAAGCAGGUGUCUCAACUCAAGCAGAGCCAGGUGGAGUUCGAGGCUAUGAAGCAUGAAGUAAAGCGACUCCAAGAAGAGGCAGACGACCUAAAUGUACAGCUGGAUGAUGCUGUCAAUUUAAAAAAAAUUGUGGACAAAAACUACGAGGAAGCAAUCGCAGCUCUCCAACAUGAGCGAGAGCAAAAACACGCCCUCAAAAAGGAACUGGACACCAGGCUUAAUCAGGAGUCCAUGUUUAAUUUGAGUAACCUCGCUCAGCUGGGGGGUCUCACAGAGGGGCUACCCAGGUCGAUGCAUCAAGACAACGGGGUCGCCCCAGAGGAGGACGACAGUGAAAAUCCGUCCCUGCGAAGGUUACAGGCAGAUUUCAAGAAGGACGACACAAAGUCACCUGUCAAGCCUGGGCCGGGUAAGGUAAAUGACAUUCUGAGUGAGAUCCAGGAGAACGAGGUGAAGAAGUUGGAACAGCUAUUGGAGCAGAGUGAGUCCGAGAAGUCGGAGCUUCAGAAUGCCCUCGAGGAGGCUCAGAAACUCAUUGAGGACACACAGAGGGACCUCAUCGAGCAGAAGAGUCGGGCCGAUCAAUUGAAGGCCCAGAUUUCCUCUGUGAUAAGUUCCCCGGAAUCUCCAGGAGUGGAGGAAUCUUUGGAAGAACUUAUUGCUAAGGAAAGCGAUCCGGAGAAGAGGGCUCUGCUCGAGAUGAAGAAGAACUUGUUCUCCAAUGAGAAGAAAUACUCAACAGCUCUGUCUGAGAUUAGCCACUUACAGAGCGAGAUCAAUAAACUUCAGGAAAAAGGUCAUAGUGGUUCAAAGCAAGGUAACAAGGAGUUUGACAGUGCAAUCAAUGAUUUGAGGAGCAAGUGUAAUCAAUAUGAAGAGCUGAUCAAAGAUUUGGAGAAAGAUCUGAAGACGAUGACCCUGGCUGCUGGAGAAGCUCAAGGCAGUCUGAACACGACUCAGGACGAGUUAGUCAGGGUUACAGAGGAGCUUGCACAGCUUUAUCAUCUCGUGUGUGAAGUCACAGGUGAAACACCAAGCCGAGUCAUGUUGGACCAUGCCAAGGCAUCGUCACAACUGGCGCGGCAAGAGAAUGGUGAGGAGAAAGAAGAGGAGAAAGAUGAUGAAAAAUCAGAUGAGACUUCACCAAAGACCAAAUCUAAAAAAUCAAAAUCCAAGAAAGACAUUUCUAGUAGUGAAAGUAAGGGAGAUCCUAUCUCCUGCUACAAACUGUCAGAGACAAUCAUGGAUCAAGUGAAAUAUCUCAAGCGAGCUGUGGAACAUCUCAUGGAGGUGUCCCGACAGCGUGGAGACGACUCGGAGAGUUCGGACGUUUUGGAGUUGCAAGAACAAAUUGUUAAACUCAAAGCCAUGUUGUCCACCAAGAGAGAACAAAUUGCCACACUCAGGAGCGUGCUCAAAGCCAACAAGUCCACUGCCGAGAUCGCUCUGGCCAAUCUCAAACAGAAGUACGAGAACGAGAAGGUCAUUGUUACAGAAACCAUGAUGAAACUCAGAAAUGAGCUCAAGGCACUCAAGGAAGACGCGGCUACGUUUGCCUCACUGAGAGCCAUUUUUGCCAAACGGUGCGACGAGUAUGUCACUCAGCUCGACGAGCAACAGCGACAGUUGAUCAGUGCCGAGGAGGAGAAGAAAACUCUGAACUCGCUGCUGCGUAUGGCGAUUCAGCAGAAACUGACGCUGACGCAGCGCCUCGAGGAUCUGGAGUUUGACCGGGAGAGGAGGACCAUGCGGCGACAAGAUGGGGGUGGAGGAAGGGGGCGGAGUAAGACGGCGUCCAAAGUAAGUCACUCCCACAACUCAUAUCCUGACGACCGGCACGGGGGCGCGAGGUCUUAUCACCAUAACUUCAGGCGAGAUUAUUAGUCGCCUGUUUUGCGUGCUAACUUGAAUUCUCAAGGAAAAGAGACCAGAAUUCCAGAGAGACGCCAAAACCAGAGCAGACAAGCUGAACAAACCAGACGCAGGGGAAUGCUACAUACCCCAAGAGCCUCUAAUCUACCCGGACGAGUAGAAAAAUAGUGUGUGGUGCAUACAGACAUGAAAGAGCUUGUAAAAAGCUUGGAUGUAGAAAAAAAAAUGGAACACAAGAAAAGUAAUCAUCAUAGGCUACAAAGAUUUUUUUCUGUGAUAAACUGUCUGGUUGUCAGCAUGCUUGUACGUGCGACUCAUUGUAAAACAUUUUAUCUUAUUAAUAAGCCAGUGUGUCUAAUUCAGCUUUUUUAAAUGAGUAUAAUGCUAUGAUGUAAUACGUUUUGUCAUUUGAAACCAUUCUGUACGGACCUUUUACUUCGUUUAAUUUUUUUACGUUGCCAAAGUUCAGUUAGGUCGGUCACAACUAAUUAGUGGGUGAAGUGGUGGCUGAAUGGUACAGGUGGUGGUACCACUCAAGUGGUGCUUUUCAAGGCUGUGCCUGUCUCCACAUCUAACCAUUCCAUGUACAGAAUGUAAAUCAAUUAUACCACACCAUUGUGUAUUCAGUAUUCUAAUAUGAUGUAUAGUCAAGGUAGUCAUAUUAAUGGGUGUUCAUAUCUGUAUGACAACAUUGUGUAAUAAGGUUACCAUAGUAACCUAUUAGAUGUGUUCUGUAUAUGAGAUGUAAACUUAACAACUGAUGAUUUAAAUUUCACGGGUACAUGUUUUUUUUUCUUAUAAGUUUGUAACAUUAGUCAACACUUACAAUUUUUUUUUUUAAAGGUAUUUGAGCCGACAUAACCAUUAAGAUAUUAAUUAUUGAGACUUUGCAGUGUUCCAUAUACAUGUAUAUUGCAGAACCUUAAAUGAUGGAAAAUCCCAAGGUUGUGUCAAAUUUAAAAAAAAAAGAAAAGAAGUAUUAGAAUGUAUAGGUAUCCACGAUCCUAUUUAAAUACAAAUUUUGUGUAUUUCAUUUGUACUAGAAAAUUAGUGACCAUGAAUAAAAAAAAAAGGAUUUUGCCAUAGAUGCUUGGGAGGAAUGUCCCCCUUCAGUGUAUAAUGAUUUCUUUUUUAUAGCUAUUAAAUAAACGAUUGUAUAUUGAUGCCAUUUGAAGGAAAUUUUGAUAAUAUAUGUAUUUUAAUUUAUUACAAAUUUUAAUUUUAUUUAUUGUAUUAUACAUAUUUUAAUUCGCCAUGGUAUAGGACUCGGAAAUGGUAACAGUCUGUGAUAUUUUGGAUAUUUUGUUUUAUAAACAAGACGACCGAUUCUUCUUCAUACCCCCAUGACAUGGGUCUUUCUGAUAGGACUGAGAAUCGAGGCUUUAAUUCAUAUGUAGAGAACAAAAAUAAUACAUAUUCACAUAUCAUUCUUGAACUUGAAAAUCUUUAAAUACUAGAUUUCAAAAUGGAAUGUAAUUCUCUGUAUAUAUUACCAGUACAUUAGACUUUGAAAAAUGUAAUGAAAAAAUAAAUUUGAAAAAAAAUGAAAGGGAGAUAAUUUUGAAAGACAAACAAGAAUUGUCAGAAUAAUUCUUUAAUUUCCUGUUCUUUGUGUAAAAAGCUUCAAGUUAUAGAAUAUUAGUUAAACAACUUUAUUUGUGAAAGUUGAAUUUAAUUUUUAAUACCUUAUGUGCAAAUAUUUAUUGUGAUUGUAUUUGUGCAGUACUGCUGUUCAUUCUAAUCAAUUUAAUCAAUUGAAAUGUGAGAUUUGCACUCAAAAAGUUAUGCACACAUGUAGACUUAUUUAAUGCGCAUCAUGAAUUAUGGUAGUUCUAAUUUUUUUUUAUAGAAUUUUUUUUUUAAAUCAUGUAUCAAAGAUUGUUAUUGGCCUGAGGAUGUGUUUUGUUAAAGAUCUGCAAUAAAAUAAUAAUAUAUGAU